AUGACUGAGGGUGUAGCUACUGCUGAUCAAUAUUGUGGUGUUGAAGCUGGUUCUUUUAGUGGUUAUUACAGCUGGAGAUUUACAAUAUGGAAUCCAGCGAUUUCAUCAACAACGACCCCUUCCACUACAACAACCACAGCAACGACACACACAGUGACUACUCGGUUUCUGGGUACUACAACAUAUAAUACACAUUAUACAACAACUGGUAUUCCAGCUUAUACAACAUCAACAACAACUUCAACAACAUCGACAACAUCAACUUCAGCGACAACAACAACAA